AUAAAACUACGCUCGAUGUCUCUUGUACAUACACAACAGAACACAUUCAUACCACAAAGCAUACAGCUUGCUAAUUAUAUUCUUGCCCUUUGUGAAUUCCGCAUCUUUCCAUUUCUCUCUCCCUCUCCCUCCCUCAGCCGGAUAGAUUACAACGAUUUUUCAGUCCUUUUUUACAAUGUUGAAAUGUAGUAGGGACGAGGACUUACAAAUUCAGAUUUAGCUCAGUUGAACGUAAGAAGUGACGUGCAUUUGCACCCCCCCCCCCCCCCCCUUUUUUUUUCUGCUGUAACCCAUGAAUCAAUAGCAUCCACUUGAAAAAUCUCCAUCGCACACCCAUCGAUGUCGGCGAUCUACAGUCCAUCUCGGAGCCCAGCUAGCUCCAGGUUGCCUUUGGGCGGAGGCGGCGGUGGCGCAUCCAGAUUGAGAUCUUCUUCGCUUAAGAAACCACCUGAGCCACUUCGCAGAGCUGUCGCUGAUUGUCUAUCUUCUUCCUCCUCCUCCUCUUCUUCUUCUUCUUCUUCUUCUUCUUGUUCUUCUUCUUGUUCUUCUUCUCCUGCUCACCAUGGAAUUUCCUCUGCCACUGCCUCCGAAGCUUCAAGAACUCUUCGGGAAUAUUUGGCAGCAUAUCCAACAACUGACUUGGCUUAUGGUGUUAUUUUGGAUCAUACACUAGCAGAGCGCGAGCGCAGCCCAGCUGUUGUAGCAAAAUGUGUGGCGCUUUUGAAACGGUAUCUUCUAAGAUAUAAACCCAGGGAGGAGACAUUGGUUCAGAUUGACCGAUUUUGUGUAAGCAUCAUUGCUGAAUGUGAGAUGAGCCCCAACCGAAAAUUGGCUCCAUGGUCACGUUCUUUAAGCCAACAAAGUAGUGCAUCUACCUCAUCAAAUACUGUAUCACAUUUGCCUGUUUUGAGUUAUGCAUCAGGAGCACUUGUGAAGUCCUUAAAUUAUGUUCGUUCUCUAGUUGCACAAUAUAUCCCAAAGCGAUCAUUUCAACCAGCGGCUUUUGCUGGAGCACCUACUGCAUCAAGACAAGCACUUCCCACACUGUCAUCUUUAUUGAGCAAAUCCUUCAAUUCCCAACUUAGCCCUGCAAAUGGUAAAGAACUAUUGGAGAAUAAAGAUGUCUCUGUUGUUUCAUCUUCAGGCUCACCUAUAGCUAAAAAAAUUAGUAGAAUGGAAGAUCAUGAAUUCACUGCUUUUGAUGUUUUCAAGUGGCGUUGGUGCGAAGAUCAACAAUUGUCACCAUGUCUAUCCAAAAGUGACCAUCUUUUGAAUCCCAAAGAUGUGAGUGCUCAUAAUUUCCUCGAAGUAGGCGCAGCAGCUCUUCUUGUUGGUGACAUGGAAGCUAAAAUGAAGGGUGAGCCUUGGAAAAUCUUUGGGAGUUCAGAGAUGCCUUAUCUAGAUCAACUUUUGCAGCCUUCACUGCUCACGACUGUCACCAAUUCUGCGUCUGCUCGUGCCCACCUAAGAGCAAUAACAGCUCUAAAACGUUCUAAACCAGGGCCACAUCAAAUAUGGGAGGAUUCCCCAGUGAGCACUUUCCGUCCCCGUGCAAAGCCUCUUUUUCAGUAUCGACACUACAGUGAACAACAGCCUCUGCGAUUGAAUCCGACCGAGGUCUAUGAAGUUAUUGCUGCAGCCUGCUCUGAAACUUCUGCUCCAAGUACUUAUCUGAUGACAGUUUCAUCUAAACUAAGUAACAACAGUGGAAAGCCAUCAAUGGACGUGGCUGUCAGCGUACUUGUCAAACUUGUAAUUGACAUGUAUGUUUUGGAUUCUAAGACUGCUGCUCCUCUCGCUCUGUCCAUGCUCGAGGAAAUGAUGAAUUCUACUCGUUUAGAAUCCAAGACUCGGGCCUUUGAUUUAAUUUUGAAUCUUGGAGUUCAUGCUCAUUUAUUGGAACCUCCAACAACAGAUGAUGCUUCAACAAUUGAAGAAGAGUAUUGUAAAGAAACUUUUUUGGACAAUGAAACUCAAUUUUCCUUGGAAGGAAAUAAGAAAUCAGAUUAUCUUAAGAAAGCUCGGAAUUCCUCAGCCAUUGAUAACUUUGAGUGUUGGAUUUUAGGCAUCCUUUACGAGAUCCUUCUUCAUCUUGUCCAGCUCUUGGGGAAAAUUGUCGAGAAUUUUGAGAUGCUUAUAAAGUCAUUUACACAUCUUGAUAAAGAAUUUGCUCAUAUGAGGCAGAUAACUAAAUCAUGCAAAUCUCUGGAAAGUAUUGAUGGAGCCUAUGGAAACAGUUUUGGCAUGAACGCGAAGCUCGCUUGGGCCACCUUACAUUCUCUUCUUCAUUCUGAAAGAACUCCGUGUCUUCACAAUGGUUAUCUAUGGUUGGGGGAUUUGAUCAUCACGGAGAUUGUUGAGGAAGGGGAUGCUAGUAUAUGGUCAAGCAUCAGAAGUUUGCAGGAGAAAAUUUCUCGAGCCAGUGUUAUCGACUAUUCACCUGAUUUAGAUGUCCCAUUAUCCAUAUGGCUCAUGUGUGGGCUAAUAAAAUCGAAAAAUAACCUCAUUAGAUGGGGCUUUUUAUAUGUUUUGGAGAGGCUUCUUAUGCGCUGCAAGUUCUUAUUAGAUGAAAGUGAAGUCCAACACGCAAUUAGUGGUGAAACGAUUGGAGAUCUGCAUAAUAAAAGUCGUCUCGAGAAAGCAAAUGCAGUCAUUGACAUCAUGAACAGUGCCUUGUCCCUGAUGGCCCAGAUAAAUGAAACCGACCGCAUGAAUAUAUUAAAGAUGUGUGAAAUUCUUUUUUCUCAACUGUGCCUAAAAGUCCUCCCUUCAACUGUUACAUCUAUGGAUGAUCCUACAACCUGCAUCAAAGAUGUUAGCUGGAAUAAGAAGCUUGGUCCAGGAGAAAGCUUACCUCGACAGGAGAGCUUUGGCUGGGAGGAACACAUUGAAGAUACUUACCACAAACUCAAAAGAAACAAGGCUCCUCCAAAACCCGAAACUGCAUCCAUGGCGGCGCUGCUUCUCCAUGGACAGGCCAUUGUUCCUAUGCAAUUGGUUGCACGUGUUCCUGCUGCUUUAUUUUAUUGGCCGCUAAUCCAACUUGCUGGUGCCGCGACUGAUAAUAUCGCAUUAGGUGUUUCUGUUGGAAGCAAAGGAAGAGGAAAUGUUCCUGGCUCCACCUCUGAUAUACGAGCCACUCUUCUCCUGCUUUUAAUUGGUAAAUGCACAGCAGAUCCUGCGGCUUUUAAAGAAGUUGGUGGGGAGGAAUUCUUUAGAGAGUUGUUGGAUGAUACAGACUCAAGAGUGGCAUAUUACUCUUCAAUGUUUCUUCUGAAGAGGAUGAUGACAGAGGAACCGGAAAACUACCAACGCAUGCUGCAUAACCUUGUUUCUAGAGCUCAGCAGAGUAACAAUGAAAAACUCCUGGAGAAUCCUUACCUUCAAAUGCGGGGGUUACUUCAUCUGUCAAAUGAAUGACAUACCAAAUGAUCCCUUGCUCUGCUUUAUGGAAUUGCUAUUUGAAGAAUCUUGAUGUUCGCUGCUUCUGACAAGCAUGGACCCCAAACUGUAGCGAAAAGUAUCGAAAAAUAUUCCAAGUUGUGAGCCCAAGCAGGAUUUUAUCAUGAAAUGGUUGAAAGUGUGCAUUGCUGUGGGUGUUUAACCAAAGAAUAGUACUCUCUGAAACCUGAUGCCAAGUUGCUGUACAGGGGUGGCUCGCUUAUUUACAGUUCAGCUGCUUCUCGUAUGUCAUCUCAUGGAGUUCCUCUGAAGUGCAAUGAUGGAAGUUCGUUUCCAUUAAUUUUAUUGGCAUUUUUUUCACGGAUGUGAUAAUCUUCCGAUGAUUUUUUUUCUGAAGCCGCUUGUUCAUCUAAUGAGUAAGGCAAGCCGAAUAGUCCAGAAUUAGCCAACACAUGGAAGCCUGAGGAUACACUUCGACCUUAUUGUUAGUGUCAGAUUGGGUUACCGCACAAUCUUCAGCAGGUACUGGUUCGAAUGAAUACCAACAGCAUCAGAACUUUUGUACAGGAUAACAUUAUCCAAUUGGCAUCCAUCUUUUUGUCUUAUUUGGGAAUGGUGCUUUAUGGAGUUCAUAAAUUCAUGUAGGUCUUCCAUGCUCCAUGGAUGACAAAUUUUAAAUCUGGAAGCCGCACGUAGGAGAAUCACAAGCUUGGACGGUUUUCAGGUUUACAAUGUUUUGUGACAUCAAACAUGACGGGGUAAAUAUUCUUAUUCUUUUAUUUUAUUUAUCGUAGAUUUGUACAUGUGUGCAAUUUUCUUUUUCCUUUCUGGGUCCUCAAAAGGAAAUAAUAGAUCCUUGGUGGGGAACCAUCUUUUUGAUAGAUGUAAAGAGAUGCUGACUGAACAUCCAUUUAACGUGUAAACUAUUAGAUAAUGCAAGUCCUUUAUUUGAUUUUUCCAUCAAACCAAAGUAAGGAAAAUUUUCGGAUGAGUUCAAAUAUAUUGGCAUGUUGCGAUGAUUCUCCA